AGAACGUGGUCUGCCUGCUUGAUCAAGUCGGCAUCCAGGACUUAGUGUCUUUCCUCUUCGAAAACUGGAGGCGGAAUGCUGUAACCGGAGCAGAAAGCUACGAAGAGCGUAGAUUGCUACCAGUGUUUGCUUUUGCUAAUUGGCUCCUCAGCGUCCUUGAAAACGCAAAAUCGCUCAGCGUAGGAAAUGCGGUCGGCAAUACUGCGUCGUACCUUCGAAUAGAGCGACAAUUGUCAAAGAGACUAACAGAAAUUGUUAGCCUUCUCAUUCGGGGCAUCCAUUCCUGCCUCACUGAUCGUCUGCGGUCGAGCGAUCUGUCUGGACAAUCAACUCCGCGGCAACAACGUCUGUAUCCCCUGCUUACCGCUCCCGAGGACGAAAAGGUCCUGCUAGCCCAGUACGAUCACCUCUGUCUGCGCAGUGCUGAACUGAUGCUCUUCAGUGGCAGUGGAACCCAGUCGGAGGUCGAAGGCCCCUGCCGGCUAGUUUGUUGGCGUCGCCUUUCCACACUCAUCCCCUUCCAGCUGUGCUCUUCGCGGUCAAAACUGCGGCUCUACCAGCUCCUCCUGUCUUCAGUCUGCGCCAAGGCCGGUGACCUGGAGGCGGACUACUUGACGGAGCAGUAUCUUGAUCGAUCUGACGGC